CCCACCCCCCACUCUCUCUCUCUCUCUCUCUCUCUCUAUCCAAACCUACAGUUCAUCGAUGUUCUUCUCUUCUCUCCGAUUUUUUCAAAAACUAAAUUAUAACAACAAUGGUGAAUGAAUUCAUGGUCUGUGUCGACAGGAUUCUAUCCUCCUCCGCUGCUUGCUUCCAAGAAUCGCCGCCGCAUCCGCCGCCGGAAGCAGCAAGUACUGUCAAUGUCAGCGUCGUUGGUGAAAAACAGGGCGACAAUAAAGAAGCUAAGGUCUUUUCUGGUGAAGACUGCUCUUCUUCUUCUUCUGCUGUCUGUUUGAGAGAGUGCAGAAUUUGCCAGGAAGAAGAUGACCAGAAAGACAUGGAAGCUCCCUGUGCUUGCAAUGGAACCCUCAAGUUUGCUCAUCGGAAGUGUAUACAGAAAUGGUGCAACAAAAAGGGAGAUAUCACCUGUGAGAUUUGCAAUCAGGUCUUUUCGCCAAAUUAUACAAUCCCGCCGCCAAAAAGCAAUGCUGAUGUUAUGACAAUCGAUAUUAGGCAAUCUUGGAAUCCGCACAUUGAUCUCCGAGACCCUCGAUUCUUGGCUAUUGCUGCAGCCGAACAACAGUUUCUGCAAUCAGAAUACGAGCACUAUGCUCUAGCAAACAGCGGCACUCUUACCUGUUUCCGCACUGUAGCCGUUGCUUUAAUGCUAAUCUUGAUUGUACGUCAAACUCUAAUCAUCACAAAAGACUUUGGAAUGCUUCAGGAAUCUUCGCAUUUCUUCCAUUAUCAGAUAUCUGUUCUUCAGCUAGCUGGAUUUCUUCUACCGUUUUAUGUUGUGGGUCGUUCGUGGUACAUUGUGCAAUGCCGAAGAAGAAGGCAGGUCUGAGAGUAAUUGGCCUUGCUGAAAAGGAACGGAAUGCAGCUGUUUAUUACUUCUAAUCAUUCUUGUAGCCGAGCUCUGGCGAAAGAAUGCCAAGAAAAAAGAAAUAGACAAAAAAAAAAAAAAAAGAAAA